AUGGCCCCGGGUGCUGGGCUAAAGCUUGGUUACAAAAAGAUCAAAUUUGGUUGUGAGCAGUCUAUCAAGGAUGGACUUGAUUGGAUUUGGGUCGAUACGUGCUGCAUUGACAAGUCCAGCACUGCAGAGCUAUCCGAGGCUAUCAACUCUAUGUUUAGCUGGUACAAGAACGCAUGGGUAUGUUACGCCUAUCUCUCAGACGUACCUGGCGACACCGAUCUGUCGAGGAAUGUUUCUAGCUUUGCUCUUAGCCGUUGGUUUACUCGCGGCUGGACCCUUCAAGAACUCAUUGCUUCACCGGACGUGCUAUUCUACUCCGCUAGCUGGCAGUUCCUUGGGAGUAAACUAAGUUUGUGCGAGCUGCUCACUGAAAUCACUGGAAUCGACGAGGAAGUACUCAAAUAUCGUAACUUGGAGUCAACCUGCGUAGCCAAGAAGAUGUCCUGGGCCGCAAAGCGAGAAACAACGCGAAUUGAGGAUGCCGCAUACUGUCUUCUUGGCAUAUUUGAUGUCAACAUGCCACUCCUUUAUGGAGAAGGCUCCAGGGCGUUUGCUAGACUCCAAGAGGAGAUUAUGAAAGUUUCUGAUGACCAGUCCUUGUUCGCAUGGGGCUUGCCCCAAACUCCAGUCGAGGUUAAUUAUACCAUGGAAAUGCGUUAUCCAUAUCAAUUUUCUGAAUUGCAAAGAGUUACCAGGCUUCAAGGAAUUCUUGCUGAAAGUCCGGCGGAUUUCGCCAACAGCCGGUUGGUGAGGAUACUUCCAGAUGUUCGUCAACAUAACAAAAGCACACCAUUGGCAUACAACAGAGGAGUUAAUAUCCAGCUUCCUUUGCUUUCUGCCGGUGGAGCCAUUUCUGAGUUGUGGAACACUGACGGAAGGGUGUUUUCUCACCAUUGCUUCUACGAAGAAACCCUGGUGUUCGCUAUUCUUGAUUGCACUAUUGAAAGCGAUAAUGUUUAUCAUCUGGCGUUGCCUCUCCGGGCAUGGAGCCCUCAUUACUUUGGGCGUUUCUCUCUGCCAUUCCUUGUUAAUAUCGCUAAGCCGGAUGGGUUUAUUGAUCCUGAUAGCACAGUUGGAGAUAUGAGGAGUCUCCAGAUAAAAUCAGAACAAUCCGAUACAGAAUUUCUAGGUGGGAAAUUCAUCAUUCAUAGUCCGAUAGGUUGUCAAAUUCGGGGCCAGUGUGCAUCAUCUGCCAUGUUCUUCGGUCGAUCCCCUCUAGAGCUCGUGUCGUAUGGACAUAUUCCUGGUACCCACGCUAUCCUCGUACUCACUCCGGUCAGGGUACCGCCCUUUGCAAUUGCACUCGGUGGAUAUGUCCGUUCAGAUCUUGGAAACGAAUUAGACCUUUGGGUUAGCUACAUCGACAAGGAAAUUGCUCCGGUAAACGGCUUUUCUGAUCUUCUUAACGAAAAUACCAGCGCUUUCAAACUCAUGCGUAACGGUGCCUCCACUAAUUUUACCAAGCAUUUAUCUGGGACUGUUUCUGUGACAGUGACGUUAGGUGAAAUCGCUUUCAAAUUCCGCCACUGGGUUGUGCAGGUCAACAUGGAAUUUCAGUAUGAUUCAAAGCGUAAAAGUUCUUGGCUGGAAUAG